AGCUCCCCGCCCCACACCGGGUUGUGUUUACACGCGCACUGAAGGAGCGCGGAGCACACGGCCCCCAGCCCCCGGGAGAGAGCGGGGCAGCGACGCGGGGUCGGGGCUGGAGCCUGCCGGCUGGGGGCGGAGCCGACUGGGGGGCGGGGCUUGCCUGCUUUUGCCCCCCAAGCUCCCAAACUUUCCUGCAACUCGGCAGCAGAAGCCCCCGCGAAGCAGCCGCCGCGUCCCCAGCGUAUCCCGGCCGGGGAAGGAGCAGCGGGGCCCGCGGGCUGGACCGGGGCUGACGCAACGUCCGCGCGGGGAUCCACCUGGCCGGGCUGCGAGCCGGCCCCGGGCGGCAUGGAGAGGCUCUCUCCUGCGCUGUCUGUGGACUGAACCGCUUGGUGUCAACGUGUCCGUGCCAGCCGGGUGCAGCCAGCGAGACGGAGAGUUGGCAGGCGGGAGCCCCCGUGGCGGGCUGCGCAGAAGACGCCCGAGCCCCCAGCCAUGGCGGAUAAAUGCAGCAGGGGGUUACUGAAUGGUGCCGUCCCUGGGGAGGCGACCAAGCGAGAUGAAAAUGUGAAACGGGGCAACUGGACCAACCAGAUUGAGUUUGUGCUGACGAGUGUGGGCUACGCUGUGGGGCUGGGCAACGUGUGGCGCUUCCCGUACCUCUGCUACCGCAAUGGGGGAGGAGCCUUCAUGUUCCCCUACUUCAUCAUGCUGGUCUUCUGCGGCAUCCCCCUCUUCUUCAUGGAGCUCUCCUUCGGGCAGUUCGCCAGCCAGGGCUGCCUCGGCGUCUGGAGGAUCAGCCCCAUGUUCAAAGGCGUGGGCUACGGGAUGAUGGUGGUCUCCACAUACAUUGGCAUCUACUACAAUGUGGUGAUCUGCCUCGCCUUCUACUACUUCUUCUCCUCCAUGACGCGAGUGCUGCCCUGGACCUACUGCACCAACCCCUGGAACACGCCCGACUGCACUGGGGUGCUGGACGCCACCAACGGCUCCGCCGCACCACUCCUCAACCUCACCCAGCUCCUCAACCACACACUCAAGCGCACCAGCCCCAGCGAGGAGUACUGGAGGCGGUACGUGCUGAAGCUCUCGGACGACAUCGGGAACCUGGGCGAGGUGCGGCUCCCCCUGCUGGGCUGCCUGGGCAUCUCCUGGGUCGUCGUCUUCCUCUGCCUCUUCAAGGGCGUCAAGUCAUCAGGAAAAGUGGUGUACUUCACUGCCACCUUCCCCUACGUGGUGCUCACUAUCCUCUUCGUGCGCGGCAUCACCCUGGAGGGUGCUGUCACCGGGAUCAUGUACUACCUGACGCCCCAGUGGGACAAGAUCCUGGAUGCCAAGGUCUGGGGAGAUGCUGCCUCUCAGAUCUUCUACUCGCUGGGCUGCGCCUGGGGGGGGCUCAUCACCAUGGCAUCCUACAACAAGUUCCACAACAACUGCUACAGGGACAGCAUCAUCAUCAGCAUCACCAACUGCGCCACCAGUGUCUACGCCGGCUUUGUCAUCUUCUCCAUCCUGGGCUUCAUGGCGCAGCACCUGGGUGUGGACGUCUCGCAGGUGGCCGACCACGGGCCCGGCCUGGCUUUUGUGGCCUACCCUGAGGCCCUGACACUGCUGCCCAUCUCACCCCUCUGGUCUGUCCUCUUCUUCUUCAUGCUCAUCCUGCUGGGGCUGGGCACGCAGUUCUGCCUGCUGGAGACGCUGGUGACGGCCAUUGUGGAUGAGGUGGGGAACGACUGGAUCAUCCGCAGAAAGACGUUUGUGACGCUGGGCAUGGCCAUGGUGGGCUUCCUGCUGGGCAUCCCACUCACCACCCAGGCUGGGAUAUACUGGCUCCUGCUGAUGGACAAUUACGCCGCCAGCUUCUCCCUGGUCAUCAUCUCCUGCAUCAUGUGCGUCUCCAUCAUGUACAUCUACGGACACCAGAACUACUUCAAGGACAUUGAGAUGAUGCUGGGCUUCCCGCCCCCCGUCUUCUUCCAGAUCUGCUGGAGGUUCUUCUCACCCACCAUCAUCUUCUUCAUCCUGGUGUUCACAGUGAUCCAGUACCGGCCCAUCGCCUACAACACCUACGUCUACCCACCCUGGGCCAUCAGCAUCGGGUUCCUCAUGGCGCUGUCCUCCGUGCUCUGCAUCCCACUCUACGCUGUCUACAAGCUCUGCCGCGUGGAAGGGGACACGCUGCUUCAGCGUUUGAAAAACGCCACCAAGCCCAGCCAGGACUGGGGCCCGGCGCUGGCUGAGCACCGGGCUGGGCGCUACGCCCCCACCCCCCGCCUGGAGGUGCAGCUGCUGAACCCUGAGAAGCCGCGGAGUGAGGACGUCGCCCUCCCAGGGCAGGGCAGCAACGGCUCCGCCCACAGCCAAGACUCCAGACUGUGACCCGGCGCCAGCCCCUGCACCCCUGCCACGCCCUGCUCGGUGACGCACUGCAGUGCCCCCUGCACCGGGCACCGCCGGGGGCUCCCCGUGUGUGCGUCCCCCCCCUCCCCAUGGUGUGUUACCCCUCGUGUUUACAGUAGGGCCCCGUAGCCGGGCCCAGCACACAGCCCGCCCGCG